AUGGAGCGUAAACAGUUUGCAAGUUUGUUCGCUUACUGGACUGUUAAAGAGAAGUCCAGUGCUGACAAUGCUCCAACAACAUCAACAUCAUCAACACAAUCAAAUAGAAAUGUUGCCUCGCCAACAGUACCAGGUCAGAGAAGACAACAAUACCAACCUCAACAGCCUGCUCAGCAACAACAACAACAAGUUCAGCCGAAGCCUCAAGCUCAAGAUCAACAUAUAGCAGAGGAAGUGCAUGCUGCCGUGAUACCUCAGACCGUUGCCCAGCCCCCACAAGUCGCUCAACAGGAGGCAGAACAAAAUGUUGGUGUCAGUGCCUAUGUCAAUGUUGUUGCUGCUCCGGCAGCCGCGGUUGCAUCAAGAGAGGUACCACCACAACAACACGAACAUCAACAACAUCUGUUGAGACCAGUUGGCGAUGACUCGAGCAAUGAUGGAAGCAACCAUAGUACCAACUCACAUAUUUCCUACGUGAAUGUGUCGGCAUCUGGCUAUGACACUCUGUCUGAACACGAACACGUCGAUAGGAUUAGGUUCAGCGACACCAUAUCCUACCUGAGCGAGGGCUCAAUCUACCAACCAAUCUCUGCCUACUCCAUCAUGCCAAUGAGUUGUGGCUCGCCCCACACCACCCAGAGCAGCGCUCCAUCAUCAUUGAAUGCCAGCGCUGGUGGCUACACCAACUUUGUUGGCGGGUCACCUGUUGCCACAGCCACAGACGAGGCCUCGCUGAAGUACUCCACAUAUUCAUCAUACUCACAGAUGUCGUCCAAUGACUCGGAGGCAGGAUCAUACUCAUCAUACACUCAACAUCAACUCAACUAUGGAUACCAAAAGACACUCACUGAUGACGAGUCUGGAAGCUCCAAGGAGUCGUUGGAGCGCGAGAAGAAUCUUUUGAAAAGUCGUGAGGCCAAGGAUAAUGGAAGGAAUUGGAAUGGCGAGUUCCAGGACAUUUUGAAGUUGCCCGCGUCCACUGCCAAGUUUGAUGAGUUGACUUUCAUGGCGAUGGACUUUGUAAAGACGGCCGAGACCUAUGGAAACAUCAUCAUCAAGGAGAUGUUCAUGCCCAACCAUCUCAAAACAAUCAAACCGAUCAACAUUGGUGGUGUGGCCGGUGGCGCCAAGUACAUCUGUCAGAACAUCCUCUUCAAGUUUGCCUACGAUCAAAAGAUUGGCGAGUCCUACCUCUACGGUGGCAAGGUACCCUCUGACUAUGGCGCGUCCAAGGCUGCUGGUAAUGAGUUGCGAGGUCUUUCCUACUUCUUCCAGAACGUGAUGGAUCAUGACUUUGGCCAGAUCAAUGUGCCAUUGAUGUGUUUGAUCGAUAGUUAUGGAUACAGAUUGAUCGCAAUAUCAGUGCUGCCAAUCAAGAAGGAUACAUUGAUUUAUGGUAGUUCUGAUGGUGGAAAUACGAUGCAUAAUGAUGUUGAUGAGGUUAAUGAGAUGAUGGAGAAGGUUUGCAAGAAGAUGAACUUGAAGGGUCAUCUGGCAGGCCUCGACCCCAAGUACAUCUAUGGUCCAGGUGACUUUGAAAUCCAUCAGUCACCCGAGGACAACGCAUACUAUGCACUUGACUUUGGCCGUCUACUCCCGCCCCAAGCAUACUUUGACAGCAAUGGACAUGCCAUCGCUCACCGCGAUGUUUUCUUCAAACUGCUGCGACCAGAGCUUGUCCGCACAUUUGAUCGCCCUCUAUCCAGUGACGCAUUCACAGGCUGGGGUUCAGAGGACCCCAAGCAAGAGCAACAUAAUGAGGACAUCAUCGAGGCUACGAGUCAUCUAUUCGACAUUGUGAUCAGACAGGCGGCAACAGAGCUUGAGUCGCUGGCCAAGCAGGAGUUGUUCAAAGACACCUUUGAUAUUGGACCCUUUGUUCACAAGUUUGGAAUCAAUCUGCGACAUCUUGGCCGGCUGCGCAGUAUGAUUGAUAGCAGCAACACAAAGGUGCGACGACUCAUACUCAAUGAGAUGGUGGUGCGCGUGCUCAAGAGCGCCAUAAAGGACGAGCUGCGACUCAAACUCAGCGUGAAGGGACAUUACGUAGGUUCAGAGAAGAAGCGCUUCGAUACCAUCGUCAACUUUAUGAACAGAAUGUUCAACAACGAGGACAAGCUGGCCCCACUCAAAGACUUUUGGACCGUGCAGAUCAAGUUGAUGCUAGGCGAGAAGUAUGGCGCGACCACCUGUGGUCUGACCAGCGAGGAGAUGCACGCCAACUACGAUCUGUUCUUCUCAAUCUCGCUGCCACUGCUCAUCCAGCGUCUGCAGAAGAAGACUGGCAUCAAGUUCUCCAAACGUAUUCAGGAGCACUUUGACACGAUCGAGAAGUCCACGCAGACCAACCUCAAGCCCAUAACAUUCCCCGUGAUGUUCUACGUCGACGUCAAGUCGGUGAGCUCUGUGGUCAAGCACAGCAACCUGGUGGCAAGAUCCGAGGGCAUUUCGCUGUACAUGAAGGCGCUGGACAUGAUCUACGCCAACAUGGUCCUCUACGGCAAGCCACUCAAAGAGCCAGACUUCGCACGAUUCAAUCAUGAGACGAACGAGGAGAGCCAGCUGCUCAAGAAGAGCAAGAAGAAGCUGGAGAAGGCAUCUCGCUCGUCCACGACCGACGCCAACCUCAACCGCCUGCUUGGCACACUGGAGAUCGAGAUCUGGAAGCUGGAGAAGUCAACAAGCUAUGUGGUCGACCUCGCAAUCAAGUACCUCGAGCAAUCAUUGGCCUACGCUGAGACGGCUGAGGUCCUCAUCAGUCUGGGCACGGUCUACGACCUCAAGGACGAAUGGGCAAAGGCCACCGCAUACUAUGAGCGACUCAAGGUCCUCGACCCUGCACUGGCCGUUCCAACUUUGUUUGAGAGCGCAGCAACAUUCGCGCCAUACUAUUCAGUGUGUGAUUCAAACAAGCGAUGGAAGUAUGCCAACACUUCAGUUCAUCAACUGAUCAUGGCCCUGUCCAUCUUGGACAUGCACCCGACCGACAAUGCCACGGUCGUGGAGUACAUGCCAAAGUGCUACAAGGUGUUGAUCGUCGCACUGAUGAAGUGCUUCUCGCUCACGGACAACAAGUACUACCAGGACUUCCAAUUGGUCAUUGCCACAUGCAAGAUCGAGACGCCACUCUACGAGUACAUUGGACACUCAAUCAUUGAGCGCGCUCUUCAAAAGUACCCAACUCUACUGGAUGACAUCCUGCAUGACAUGGUCACACUGAUCAGGACGACCAUGCCAUUCAUAUGUUUAAUGCGAUUCGCUCCAUUCACUCCGACCUUUGUCACCAAGUUCUUGGACGCGAUCAAGGACAACCCUUCAGUACUGGACAGUUUGAGCACAGAGCACUACGAGAUCAUGAACAGGGAGAAGCUGCUGAUGAAGAACGUGCUCUCGCUUGGACAUCAGUUCAGUUGUCUAAAGUUGCGCGAGUAUAAUGAUGUGCUCAAGGACGCCAUUGCCUUGCUCCCGAUGCAGACUCAUCUACAGUCAUUGUCCGUUCAUUCGAUGAUCAUGUAUGAGCACAACUCAUACUACUUGAGCAAUGUUGCCAAGUGCUUCACCAACACGCUGGUCACACUGGAUCUAUGUGAUGUUAAGGACAACACAUUGGAGGUUGAUCUGCCCCCUGGCACGCUUCUUCCCAGCCUCAAGAGCUUCACGAUCAGAACAUGCAUGUUCUCGCAAGGCUUCCUCGUGCAUCUAUUGCAAUCAUUCGCUGGCAACCUUGAAGAGAUGACGUUUGAGGGCGAGCCACUCAAUGAGCAAACAUCAUUGUUGCGCCAGUUCACCAAACUCAAGCAUCUGGAGGCCUGUGGAUAUGUCUAUGGAUUCAAGUUUGAUCAUCUGCCCCCAACACUCACCAGUCUUGAUUGGUGCAUGACUAUUGAGCAGAACGAGGAUGAGAUGGAUUUGCCGAUUGUCGAACCAUUGCUGCGUCAGUGUCCUGGUCUUACACACUUGGGUACCAACGGCAUGGACUGUCAAUGGAACAAGGAGAUGGCUUUGCUCAAGAAGCACCCGCUCAAGACUAUAAGGAUACUUGCCAAUCGACAGACAUUUGCUGAACAACGGAUGGAUCAAGGCUUGGAUGUGUGGGCCACCAGCUUGGAGUACCUCAAGAUCUGCCUCAACCAAUAUGGUGACUUUGAUCGCUUCGCACAAACACUCUCGGCACUUCGCAACUUACGCAAGUUGGACUGUGAGUUGUAUUACUUUGACGAUGACAUGCUCACGGCAUUCAUUGACAAUCUAAAGUGUUUGGAGUACAUGGACACGGGCACGGCGGCACAGCUCCAAUUACGUCCACAGCCCAACCCAUUUGAAUGUCUCCGCACACUCAAGAUGCUCAAGCUCAAGGUCAUCCCCUCCAACUACGAACAGAUGGGACUCAUCUUCCCCAACCUCAUCAACCUGAGUGUGCGAAGCUCAUUUGGCUUCAAUGAUCAAUGCUUCCGCAAUCUGAUCUCCAACUUUUCAAAGCUGGAGAGUCUGAUGUUUGACUUCUCAGCAGACAUCACUGACAAUGGAUUCAUGUCGCUGUUCACCUCGCCAUGUCUAAAGACACUUCGAACGAUCAACAUUGGACGAGCGACAUCUGAUUCGUCUGCUGUGCGACUGGCCUUGAUGUGUCCAACUCUGGAGAGCAUCAGACUGUACAACACCAAGUUCCUAUGUAUCAAGACUCAUCAGUUCUUUGCAGCCAGGUUCCCUCAUAUUAGGAUUGAGCCAGCACUGGUGGAGUAG